UAGUCCAAAAAUGGCCGCUGUUGUCCAUGCGUUUCGAGCUGACAGUAGAGUUUCUAUUUGAUUCUUCGUUGUUCACUUUUCAUAACAUUGAUACUAUGUAAGUCACUUCAUACCUGUAAUACAAACGUUUGGAUAAUACAUUAACUCGUAAGAAUGCCUCACAGAAAGAAGAAAGCCUUCAUCGGUAAGGAGAACGCAGUGUCCUUCCACCUGGUGCACAGAAGUCAGAAAGACCCGCUCGCUGCAGACGAGACAGCACCUCAGCAUGUCCUUCUGCCCGCUGCCAAGGUGGAGGUGGAGAAGAGGAAGGAGGAACAGCGCAACUUCGGAGUGUUUUUUGAUGACGACUACAAUUACCUGCAGCACCUGAGAGAGGCACCCCAGCCCGCAGAGCUGGUCUCUGCUCCUCGCUUACGCAGAGAUGCACGACCAAAACCUGCAGAGGACGAAGAGGAUGCCAACGUCCCUACGGCCUCCAUCAAACUGCCCUCGUCUGUGUUCGCGUCUGAGUUUGAAGAGGAAGUGGGUUUAUUAAACAAAGCAGCUCCUGUUUCAGGGCCGCGGUUGGAUAUGGAUCCUGACAUUGUCGCUGCGCUGGAUGAGGACUUUGAUUUCGACGACCCAGAGAACAUGCUGGAAGAUGACUUCAUCAUCAAAGCCAAUGACGUUAUGGGUGGUGAUGAUGAUGAAUGGGAGGACACGGAUGAGGACGAUGAUGAAGACGAGGAGCAAGAUUGUGAUUCAGAAGGUGGUCUGUCAGAGGAUGAGGAAGGCGGCCGGAGAGAGUUCAUGUUUGCCGACUGUGAGACGAAGAGUCGUUUCACAGAGUAUUCGCUCACGUCUUCCGUCAUGAGGAGGAACGAGCAGCUCACGCUCCUGGACGACCGCUUCGAGAAGUUUUACGAGCAGUUUGAUGAUGACGAGAUCGGCGCGCUGGAUAAUGCAGAGCUGGAGGGCUACAUCGAACCGGACAGCAAGCGACUGGAGGAGGUCAUCAAAGAAUACUUCAUACAGAAAGAGAAAGAAUGUCAGAAACCAGAUCAGCUGGGUCCUGCAGAGCUGCCCUCUGUGAAAGAGGAAGACGAAGAAGAGGAUGAUGACGAAGAGGCGGAGAUUGAGACGAUGGUCAUUGAGCCGCCUACAGAGCGCUGGGACUGUGAGACCAUCAUCAGUACAUACUCCAACCUCUACAACCGGCCCAAACUGAUCCAGGACCCCCCAAAGGUGAAGCAGAUCCGAGUGUCCGAUAAGACAGGGAUUCCUCUGGACGUCCUGCCAAAACGAGGCCUGACGGCCAAACAGGUGGAGAGGAUGGAGAGGAUCAACGACUCGGACCUGCCCCGAGCCUCCACACAGCCCCGCUCACGAGACGAGAGCGCAGAGGAGAGGAGAGCCAGGAAACAGACCAUCAAGACGGAGAGGAAGGAGAGGAGGUCAGAGAAGAAAGCAAACAAACUGGCGUUCAAACAGGAGAAGCAGAUGCAGGAGAAGCGGAUGGUUAAUUUAAGAGCAAACGUUCAGGGCCUGAAGCUCUCGUAGGACAGCAGAGACGCUCCAGAGACUGUUUCCAACACCAGCGGAGACUACAGGACCUCACUGAAGACACGUCAGCUCACGGGUUACACUGUCGCAAUACAUGAUGGCAUCAUUUUCCUUACCAGAACUUCCAUGUUUGUUUGACUCAUACAGCGAGUAUUGCCAUGUGUUGUCAUAGAGACAUCAUAACAAAUGGAAUUUACAGAAACUAUCAUUUACGUUUGAUUGUUUGAAGGUAAACCGUCAACAGGAGUUCAUUUCUUAAUGACUCGGCGGGGUUUUUUUUGUACGAAAUGUAAUUAAACAUUUUAGCAUAUUCAAAGGUUUUCAAUCAGUUAUAUUAAAAAACAACAACAAUACAAGUACUAUUUUUCCAUAGAAUCCCAGUCCGGUUUUAAUAAAAACACAAUAU